AUGUCUGAUUGCGAAUACACUGACGAGUACGAAAAAUACAACUACGAGUUUGAUAAGUACAUUUUUUGCAAAAACGGAGGAAAGCAAAGGAGUAAACUGGAAGUUAGUCAGCACACCAAUCAAUUUGAUCCAUGCGGACAUUCUAGAAAAAUCAUGACCAAGCUAAUAAAUACUGAACUUAAUAAGAAAAACAACAUCAAAACUAAAUCAUAA